UUUCCUGUGGCAAUCGUCGUAGGCCGCAGGCUCUGGUGGGGAUGUUGGUGUUGGUGAGCAAGUGCAGGAUUAGAGAACGUAUCGACGGUCGGGGAGGCCUUCCGGGUUCUUUUUUUGGCAGGGGUGUCACCCUCCUCGUCUCCUGGGACGGAGCCUGAGGAGAAGGGGGCUAAAGAAGAGGGAUUCAGUGCUGUCGUAAACCGAGCGGUCUCUUCCUGAGCCUUGGGGUGCCGGGGAAUAUGGAGGAAUGUGUGGGGCUGGAAGAACGGAGGACGUUGGACGGCAGACCCAGCGAGCGGUAAACGGUGUGCUGCUCUGGGCGGCUGUUGACAGCUUCGAGCACUGAAGAAUAAUUGGAGAAGUGGGAACCUCCAGUUUGUAGCUAUGUCUGGGAUUGGGAAUAAACGAGUGGCUGCGGAGACUAGCCCAUCAGCUCCUCCAGACAAGAAGGCAGGAGUUGAGGACUCAGAGACCACUGUGGAGACUAUUAAGCUUGGUGGCGUUUCCUCAACGGAAGAACUGGACAUUCGCACACUUCAGACUAAGAACCGAAAACUGGCAGAGAUGCUGGACCAAAGACAAGUUAUUGAAGAUGAGCUGCGAGAGCAUAUAGAGAAGCUGGAAAAGCGUCAAGCCACAGAUGAUGCUUCGCUACUGAUCGUCAACCGCUACUGGAGUCAGUUUGAUGAGAACAUUCGCAUCAUUUUGAAACGCUAUGACUUGGAUCAAGGCCUUGGGGAUCUCCUGUCAGAGCGAAAAGCAUUGGUGGUACCAGAACCAGAGCCCGAUUCAGACAGCAACCAAGAGCGUAAAGAUGAGAGGGAUCGAGGAGAAAUAUUUGAACCUGCAUUCUCCUUUCUGGCUACACUGGCUAGUAGCACUAGUGAGGAAAUGGAAUCCCAGCUACAGGAACGUUUUGAAUCUUCCCGCCGUGCAGUCACACAGAUUGUGUCAAUGUAUGAUAAACUUCAGGAGAGAGUAGAUGUGCUGUCUCAGAAACUAAACAGUGGAGAUGUAUCCCUAAUGGAAGAGGCUGUUCAAGAGCUGAAUUCCUAUCUAGCAAAUGAGAACAGAAGGCUGCAGGAAUUGGCUGAUUUGCUUCAGGAGAAACAUCGCUCUAUGUCUCAAGAGUUUUCUAAAUUACAAGGGAAAGUAGAGACAGCAGAGUCUCGUGUAUCUGUGCUAGAAACUACGAUUGAAGACUUGCAAUGGGAUACGGAUAAAAUCCGCAGACGAGAACAGCGGUUGAACAGGCACCUGGCAGAUGUUCUAGAAAGAGUAAACUCAAAAGGAUACAAGGUAUAUGGAGCAGGUAGCAGUCUCUAUGGAGGUACAAUCACAAUCAACUCUCGAAAGUUUGAGGAGAUGAAUGCAGAACUUGAGGAGAACAAGGAACUUGCCGAAAACCGUUUGAGCGAACUAGAAAAAUUGCGUCAGGAUCUUGAGGAGGUGACAACUCAGAACGAUAAGCUAAAGGUGGAUCUAAGGCGGGCAGUGGAAGAGGUAGUGAAGGAAACUCCAGAAUACCGUUGCAUGCAAUCCCAGUUCUCUGUAUUGUAUAAUGAGAGCCUCCAGUUAAAAUCACAGCUGGAUGAAGCCCGCACUCUGCUACAUGGUACCCGAAGUACUCACCAGCGCCAGGUGGAACUGAUUGAGCGGGAUGAAGUCAGUUUACAUAAAAAAUUACGAACAGAGGUUAUUCAGCUGGAAGACACUCUUGCCCAGGUUCGCAAGGAAUAUGAGAUGUUGCGGAUUGAAUUUGAACAGACUCUUGCAGCUAACGAACAAGCAGGCCCCAUCAACCGAGAGAUGCGCCACCUCAUCAGCAGUCUCCAAAAUCACAAUCACCAGCUAAAAGGGGAGGUGUUGAGAUAUAAGCGGAAGUUGAGGGAGGCUCAGUCUGACUUGAGCAAGACUCGUUCUCGCAGUGGCAGUGCUGUCCUGCACUCCCAAUCCAGUACUGAAGACACCAAGGAGGAACCAUCAGAGAUCAAACAGGAAGCUGAGGAUCCUUCUCAUGCUGCAACCUCCAAGGGACCCUCAGAGGAUGCCUUGGAAACUAAAGCAAAACGAGAUGAAGAAGAACGGGAGAGGGAAAGACGAGAAAAAGAGCGGGAACGGGAGAAAGAGAAAGAAAAAGAAAGAGAAAGGGAAAAGGAGAAAGAAAGGGAAAGGCAGAAGCAAAAGGAAUCUGAGAAGGAGAGAGAAUCUACCAAAGAGAAAGAUAAAGGGAAACAUGAUGAUGGAAGGAAGAGAGAAGCUGAGUUGGUAAAGCAAUUGAAAGCAGAUCUUAAGAAGGCACAAGAGAGCCAGAAAGAAAUGAAGUUGUUGUUAGAUAUGUAUCGCUCUGCUCCCAAAGAGCAGAGAGACAAAGUUCAACUGAUGGCUGCUGAAAAGAAGUCUAAAGCUGAGUUGGAAGAUCUAAGACAAAGGCUUAAGGAAUUGGAGGAUAAAGAGAAGAAAGAAAGCAAAAAGAUGGCUGACGAGGACGCGCUCCGGAAAAUCCGGGCUGUGGAAGAACAGAUAGAGUACUUGCAGAAGAAAGUAGCCAUGGCAAAACAAGAGGAAGAAGCCCUGCUAUCCGAAAUGGAUGUGACAGGCCAGGCCUUUGAAGACAUGCAGGAGCAAAACAUCCGCCUGAUGCAACAGCUGAGGGAAAAAGAUGACGCCAACUUCAAGCUCAUGUCGGAACGCAUCAAAUCCAACCAGAUCCAUAAACUAUUAAAAGAGGAAAAGGAGGAGCUGGCAGACCAGGUCCUUACCCUGAAGACACAGGUGGAUGCCCAGCUGCAAGUUGUGCGAAAGCUGGAGGAGAAAGAGCAUCUGCUUCAAAGCAACAUUGGCACUGGAGAAAAGGAGCUGGGCCUGCGUACCCAGGCCCUGGAGAUGAACAAGCGGAAAGCUAUGGAUGCUGCUCAGCUAGCUGAUGACCUUCGGGCCCAAUUGGAGCUGGCGCAGAAGAAAUUGCAUGACUUCCAGGAUGAGAUUGUAGAAAAUAGUGUAACAAAGGAAAAAGACAUGUUCAACUUCAAACGAGCCCAGGAGGAUAUUUCACGGCUACGAAGAAAACUGGAGACAACUAAAAAGCCAGACAUGAUUCCCAACUGUGAUGAAAUCCUCAUGGAGGAGAUAAAAGACUACAAGGCUCGCCUGACCUGCCCUUGCUGCAACAUGCGGAAGAAGGAUGCUGUGCUCACCAAAUGCUUUCACGUCUUCUGUUUUGAAUGUGUGAAGACUCGCUAUGACACUCGGCAGCGCAAAUGUCCCAAGUGCAAUGCUGCAUUUGGAGCCAAUGACUUCCAUCGGAUCUACAUUGGUUGAUGUGUCCACAUAUGUAUGGCCAGAGGAUCUCCGCCAUCCACUCCCAUACCUGCCAUUGUUCAGCAGGCUGGAUACUGCUUAUUGCCAGCUAGGUUUCCCCCUAUUCUGACUUCUUUGUAAAGGAACAUCUUGGUUUAUUCUUUUUGUGUAUGUGUUCUUUUUGUUUUUCUCUUCAUUUUUUUUUUAAAGUACUGCCAAUUCCAAAGCCAGUUCUUUCUCUUAUUAAAUACACUUUCUGUGGGGCCCAGAUUGUCAAUUGGUCCCUGAAUCAUCAGUGUUGUCAUCAUUUGGCGUAGAACUAAAACCAGGCAGCAACAUUUAAACUGGGAAAUCCACUUGGGAUAGCUCAGUUAGCUUUCUCAUGAUUUUUAAGCUAAUUGUUUCUCUGUUUUGGAUAAAAGAGGAAACUCUUCUUUCUAAUCAUCACAUUUCCCAGUUUAAUGUCUGCUUGUGCGUCUGGAAUGCUGUAGUCUACAGAAGGCAUUCCUACUUCUGAAGAAAAAAGACAGUGAUGCAGCCAUCCUAUUUCAGACUGAACCUUUAACUCCUGUUUUCUGAAAAUGGCCAACAAAGUAUAUCUUGGAUCUGGAGGCAUUGAGAAAAUGGGACCUUCACUAUAUUUCAUCUCUUCAUCAUAUGUAAUCUGUUCUGAUAAUGCAGAAACACAUACUUGGUCUCAUCCAUAAUUUUGGAUCCGAUUACAUCAUGAUGCUGCUGCGAGAUAAGGGCACUUUUUUGACACAUUGCCUGGAUAAUUUUUAAUAUUAGGGCAAGCACAAAUGGUACCUGUUGGCAGAAUUUGGCCAAUGCUUUCUUUGCAAUCUGUUGCAUAAAUGGGAACUGGAUCACACUCAAAUGCAUGAGCCUGAUUCGCUUUGAACAUUUUCUGUGCAGUGAAGGAAGCAAUUCUGGACCAGAACUAGGUUUUGGAGACCACUGUUUCAGGGAAGACUUUUGGUUGACCAGAAUAUUGUCAAACAGUGGCCCAGGCUUUUAUUGGAUGCUACUGUCUAUUCUUUUGCUAUGAAAAUAAGAUUUUCAUAGGCAUUUUUCAAAGGGCAUUGUCUUCAAUAAAUUGCCAUGUUUCUCUCUUG